CACAGACACCACUGACAGGUUGCCAGCUGCAACAGCCAGUCUGCCACGAUUGGCGUAUAACCUCCAACUUCAAGUAUGACUAAUUUGAAUAGCAAUAUUACCCAUUGAAGGAUGUCAUAUUAGGGCUUCCUUAUUACGAAGUUAUUGUGUAUGAAUGUGAUUUUAUUUGGGACCAUUCCUGGCGGAAAUGGCAAUAUUAAGAAGAAGGAAAAUCAACUUGAAAGCCGUCAAGGAACUGGAUGGUUUUCCCAAAGUACCUGACACAUAUAUUAAACAAUCUGCUGUUGGUGGUACAUUUUCAGUGUUGAGUUUCUGCGUCAUAGCUUACUUGGUGAUAGCAGAGACGCAAUAUUUUCUCGAUACUCGCCUGCAGUUUAAAUUCGAGCCUGACAAUGACUUCAUAGAUGCUAAACUAAAAGUCAAUAUUGACAUAACAGUAGCGAUGCCAUGCAGUCGCGUGGGCGCCGACAUACUAGAUUCUACUAAUCAAAAUUUGAUGGGAUUUGGAACAUUAGAAGAGGAGGACACGUGGUGGGAACUGACGCCUGAACAACGGAACCAUUUCGAUUCUCUCAAAUACAUGAAUUCAUACCUAAGAGAAGAGUACCAUGCUGUCCACGAGCUUCUGUGGAAGUCUAAUCAGUUGUCACUGCUAAGUGAUAUGCCAAAACGAAAAAAUUACCCUAAUCACACUCCAGAUGCUUGCCGCAUAUAUGGCAGUUUAGACGUAAAUAAGGUCGCUGGUAAUUUUCAUAUCACUGCAGGAAAAUCAUUGUCACUCCCUAGAGGACAUAUUCACAUAUCUGCUUUUAUGACCGAACGUGAUUACAACUUUACACAUAGAAUCAACAGGUUUUCCUUCGGUGAACCAAGUCCUGGUGUUAUACAUCCACUUGAAGGAGAUGAAAAAAUAAGCGACCAUAGUAUGAUGUUAUACCAGUACUUUGUGGAGGUAGUUCCCACAGAUGUCAGGAAUUUAUUGCGGUCGUACAAGACUUAUCAGUACAGUGUAAAAGACCACCAGCGGCCCAUUGAUCAUCACAAAGGCUCGCAUGGCAUUCCUGGAAUUUUCUUCAAGUAUGAUAUGAGUGCUUUGAAAGUUAAAGUUACACAACAAAGAGAUUCAGUAUUUCGAUUCCUAGUUAAACUUUGCGCUCUUGUUGGUGGUAUCUUUGUUACUAAUGGGCUGUUGAACAAUUUAGUACAGGUAUUCUGGUAUUUGAUCACGUGCCAAUUUCUCAAGAAUCAAGAUCCUCGAAAUGAAGAAAAACUAGUUGUUUCGUCACCAGUUGUCCAAAACGAAACUCCAAGUUCUGUGGAUUUGCUCACAGCAGCGUCCCCGCCGAUUUUAAAUAUUGAACUUAAUUCAAAGAAAUAAUUUUUCCGUAUGGAAACAACAUUGUUCCUAUCUUAAGUGUAAGGACUUGUUCACAAGUAUUCAACAGGUGACAAUUUCCAGAAGUGCAUGCAGAGCAUUUCUCUGCUUGGCAUACAUUGAUGAGUGUACAGUUACACUCUUUUUUCGAAACUUCAAUUCGAUUCCCAAUUCAUAAGUGGAUUCAUGCAGUUAAAGUGCCGUUCUUACUGUACAAUCUUCAUAUCAUCUCUAGGAUUAUUCAUCUGUGGCAAUCAAAACAUUGAUAACAAUAACGAAUCACGUAAACAAUCUACUUACAUAUUAUUCAGAUGUAUUUGAAAUUGAUCCAGGGAUGAGUACCAUUAGUUUAUUUUACGUAAUUUUGAAUGUGAUGAAAGACUCGUGAAAAUAGUCAGCCUUAGGGACCUUAUGAAUCAUUCGCAUAUUCACACAUGACGCGGACCAGGAUGUAAAACCUCAUAAUUACCAAUUCAAUACGUGUGAGUUGUUAAAUCGAUUUGGUAAUUUUGGAAAACAGUUGUACUUCUAAGCUCAUCAACAAAAUUUUAUAUUGUGUAAAUAUGAACCUGUAAAGAAAAAGUGAAGAAUAAAAGUCUCAAUAAAAAUA